AUGUUAGCCGAACCGAUAGAACCGAAACUUUCGCUCCCGGUAAAACCGAAACACCCGGCACUGGAUGAAAACAACAAUGUGGAGCAGAUGGCGACCGUUACCGAUGCGCUCGUGCCGUUCUACGACGGCAAGAACGUGCUGGUAACGGGUGGUACCGGGUUUCUCGGCAAGGUACUGAUCGAGAAGUUGCUGCGUGCGUGCGAAGGGCUGAGCGCCAUCUACAUCCUGUUGCGCCCGAAGCGUGGCCUCACGAGCGAGCAACGAUAUCGUGAGUUUGUGCGCCAUCCGGUGUUUGAGCGGAUACGGACAAAAACGCCCCAACUGCUGGCGAAGCUGGUGUGCGUUGGUGGUGAUAUCUCGCUACCGUUGCUUGGGCUAAGUGAGCAGGACCGACGGACGUUGGUGGAACGGGUGCACGUGGUGUUUCACGUUGCCGCAACGGUACGCUUUAAUGAAGCGUUGGUAGAAGCGGCCAUACUGAACACGAUCGGUACAAAGCAGCUACUUGAACUGUGUACCGGGAUGCGUCAGCUGCAGAGCGUAGUGCACGUAUCGACUGCCUACAGUAAUGCGUGCCGGCAGGAAGUCGAUGAGAUAGUGUACCCAGCACCGAUGGACCCGGAACGCUUCAUCCAGUGUGUGCAGUUGUUGCCGAGCGAGGUGAUCGGUGCAAUCGCUACCAAGCUGCAGGGUGCCCAUCCGAACACCUACACCCUAACGAAGGCCAUCACGGAGCAGCUGGUGGCACAGUACGCGGAACAGUUGCCACUCUGCAUCGUGCGUCCGUCCAUCGUUACUGGUGCCGUAGCCGAACCCUACCCAGGUUGGAUUGAUAACGUGCACGGUAUUACAGGUAUCAUGAUGGAAAUUGGGCGUGGUACAAUCAGCAGUAUCAUGUGUGACGAACGCUGCACGAUGGACGUUAUCCCGGUGGACAUUGUCUGCAACACGCUGAUCGCAGCCGCCUGGGAAAAUGCUCACACCACGACGACACCGAUCCGUGUGUACAACUGCACAUCCGGCCAGGUGAACGGCAUCAAGUGGCACGAGUACGGUCGCAUCACGCAGAGCUGUGCCGUCCGCAAUCCUACCAAGCACGUCCUGCUCUACCCAGGCUUUCGGUUCCGCACGAACCGGCUCGUGCACAAGCUGGUCGAGCUGGUACUUCACUUUCUGCCGGCGUACCUGUUCGAUGCGCUCGUACGGGCGCGUGGCGGCCAACCGAUUAUGGCACGCCUGGCACGCCGUUUCCAGCGGGCAGCCGAUACUGGCGAGUUCUUUGCCAUGCACGAGUGGACCUUCCGGAAUGACAAUUUGCGUCAGCUAAGUGGACGGGUACGGUGCGAUCGGGCCGGUGAUGCGUUUCGCUGCGACGUGACCGGGCUCGACUGGGAGGCCUACAUCGAGGCGUACAUGCUCGGGAUCCGUCGGUUUGUGCUGAAGGACGACAUGGACAGUCUCGGACAGGCACGGACCAAACUGCGACGAUUGCUUUGGUUUAAGCGUGCCAUCCAGCUGGCCGGUUUGCUGCUAGUGUACUAUCUAGGGGCUCUUCUCUUUUAUCCGAGUGGAGUUUAA